UCAAUAUGGCGCAUGUUGAUAUGACAAAUUGACAGCUGUGUUUUGUCCCGUACGCUAGCUGUGAUGUUUAUUUUACAUCUCCAGAUAGAUAACAACAAUAUUUAACCAUGACGAGGCCGUUCGGUAACAGCGACAAACGUUUUUCAAUCGACGAUGCAUUUGAAGAGGAGACUGACGAAGCCAUCAAAGUUUACGGUGCCACAGGAGACAGAUCGCCGUUACAGAACAAAUACAAAAAUGGAAAUGAAUAUCUGGCCAGCAGCAAAACCUACAAAUGCACGGAGGACACCACGUCACGAGACUCCGACUCCUUGAUCCACGAGUAUGUGGAGGCGACGCAGUCUAUGUACUGCUGGAACCAUCCCAAGGUGAGGGAGAACUGGAAGACGGUAUGUGCUGCCGUGGUGUUACUCCUGGUCGGCGUGGGGCUCCUUGGCAUGGGCGCCUUCGCCGUCGCUGAGCCCGAGAACGGCCUCCAAGGUGCAGUAUUCUUCGUAGCCGGCAUGAUCUGCUUCGUGCCCGGAGCCUACCACGUCGUGUACAUCUGGCUCGCGGCCCGGGGACAGAGGGGCUACGACUUCUACCAUCUCCCGCUGUUUACCUGAUUCCUUUUACUAGUUAAGUUUGAGUAAGCUUGUAAAAUGAGUGUAAAUUAUACGAGGAGUUCGAAUAUCAUGUCUGGAGAUGUUUGGUUCGCAGUUUGUUUUGUUUUGCUCUCUAAUGAAGUUAAAUCGAUCCGAUGUAUUGUAGAUAAAUGAACAAAAAUAAUGAAUAAUAAGGGUAAGUUUUAUAUAACAUAGCUUCUCUUGUUAAAAUUUAAACAAAAAAAAAGAAAAAAAUAUAUCUACUAUUUCGAAAGAUGCUUCUCCUAUACGAUAUGUAUGUGGAUGAAAUUGGAACUAUUUAUUAAAAACCUAACUUUAAUACUGCGUUAGAAUGUUACGUAGAUCGUCCUCCUAAAUAAUUAAAGAAAAUAUAAUAUUCGAUAUAAAAUAUACGCUAUGUACCUAAGUACAGUGUUCUCUCUGUAUCUAUGAAAGGACUAAUAAACUUUUAUAGAUACAGAGUCCUACGAUAUUUCAAUAUUUCCUAAUGUAAAUAAUGAACACCGUUAAAUAUUUUAAAUGUUACAAUUUAACAGAUAGUAUUGAACAGUUGAAAGAGAAAGAAAUAAUGUAUUUUCAGCAAACUACUUAAAUGUUUGGUAACUAAAUAUCUAGUGAUAUAUUAAUUUUAAACAUAAUUUUAAUAGACUAUUGAAGUGCCUAGUUGCAUAGAUACGUAGAGAUUUGAAUUUACAUAGCGACUUUGUAAGUUUUUAAUCAGAUGACAUUUUCACAAAUAGCCACCAUUUUUGUGAAUUUGGCGGGAAAUAGAGAGCAAACGGUUUUAUUUAUGGUCCACAAUUCAUUUUGCCUCUGGUAUUUAUAGUGUCGUGAUAUAACCAAACUUCCAUGAAACUAGUUAUUUUAUAUUUCCCGCCAAUGUAUCACAACUUCAUAUUUUAAGGCUACUGUAUUACUUUCCUGAAGACUAAGCAAUGUUUUGGACUUAAUGUUGGAUUAUGUUAAGAACACAAAAAUAUUAUCCAUUUAGGAUUCUUUUACAUGCAUUUUUACUAUGAUGCCAAAUAUCUACAUUGUAGAUUUUUUUGCGUUUUAUAAACAACUUUUACUCUGCCAAAACAGGAUUUGUAUUUUUGUACUUUUGAGACCUGAAUCGCAGGUUGCAAAGAGAAAGUAGGUACCUACGUUUGUGUAUUAUUUGCAUAGCCUUAAUCUUUUUAAAAAGGAUGGCUACAGUAUUUUUUUCUUCAAUUAAUUAUGUUGUUUGUGAUUAAAUUAGUCCUACGCUUAACUAAAGACAGAAAAAAAGAGUUGAGCCGUUAAAGGCAGCUUUACCUACGCAGCUGCAGAAAACCGUCCACAAAUAUUUUUGAACUCAGCUGCAUAAUAAAAUGUCAUUCUGCAUAAAUAAAUUGGGCAUUUAAAGAAUAUCUUAAAUGGGUAAUAUUUCUGUGUAAAGUUUACCCAUUGAUUUAACUAUAAGAAACUCAGCUUACCUACUCCUAUUACUUACGUCUACCAUCAAUGGGUGUACUUAGAUAAUGUUAUUAUUUUAUACGCCUUUGUUCAUAGCUUAGCUUGUGAGAUUGAAGUGAAUCAAAUGCUAGUAAGACAUUGAAUGAAUGACGAUCGUGAGCGUGCAUAUUAUUUUUAAAAUUAUUGAUACUUUUUUGGUAUAAUAUCAUAAAAUUUCGAGUUUCGUUAUCCGCGCCUUGUUUCCAAGGAUAGUAAAUGAUGAAUACUUAUGAAUAAAUUGAAUUAAUAAUUAACUCGAAAUAUUAUGUGAUGUGAUUUAAAUUAUCACGACGAAACUCGAAAUUUGCUAUUUAUUAUUAUUUUAGCAUAAUAUAAAUUGAAUUAUGCUCAUUUUAAUAUUAAUUUAAGUCGUUGUUCGUAUGUGAUAUAGUGACUGAUUUCGUACGACAUAUCAGUAUGUUUAUUUUAAUGGAUGCGUUCAGAAUACCUUUAUUCGACAUUUUGGGCUGGAUGCACUUAAGGAAAACCGGAUUAUGCCGAAUUAAUUUCGAAGAAGAAACUCUUAUUUACAUUCUUUUUGCGGUUUUUCCGCUCGUUUUGGGGAACUGUGGCGGCAUUUUUAUUUUUCAUGAUUGCCUGCCUAUUCGCUGACUGUACCUAUUAAAUAUGAUACAAAAAGUACCUUGGUUAAUGUUUAGGAAUUCUUCAUUGUAACACCAACGUAACUAAAACAUAUGACGGAAUUAGAAGCCGUUGACGUAGAGUAUUCGUCAUUUUAUUAGGCAGACGUAUUUACUGUUCAGUUAUACUCUUAUUUACAAAGAGGUCGGUUAAUGAAUCACCUGUUUUCAAACGAUUUGCAUAACAAGUUUGCUGAGCAACGCUGACGUUAUGUUUAUAAAUAGAGAUUAUCUCUCAACUGUCGCUGUAAGGUUUCUCAACGCAUCCACAAGCUGCAUGGGGCUUUAUUAUUGUAUAUUUGCGCAGAUAUUCUACCGUUCCUUAGGUUGUGUUCAAUGCUGGUUCCCAUUUACUAUCCUAUUCUAUAUACAUAUGGAGUUGUAAAUAGUUCUUAAUAAAUUAGUCAUCUUUCUUCA